AUGAUUGCAGACUUCGGACUGGUAAAACUGCUAGAGCAGUCACCAGAGGUUAGAACAGCAGCUUCUAGAAUUGUUGGAACGUUUGGUUAUCUUGCUCCUGAGUAUGUUCGAGAUGGGUGUGUGACGACCAAGAGCGAUGUUUAUUCGUUUGGAGUUGUUCUGAUGGAACUACUAACUGGCCAACCAGCUCUUAGCAGAGAUGCACAUCCUACAAACGCCCUGUAUAGUGAACAUCGUUCUCUGGUGGAAUACAUGCUCUCAGCUUUGGAGAAUGAUGAUCCUUGGCAUAAGCUUACUCAAUGCAUUGAUCCAAAUCUCACCCACUACCACAAAGAUUCACUGUUCCAGAUGGCCGUGUUGUCCAAGGACUGCGUUGAUGAUGACUGGAAUCGACGUCCAGACAUGUCCCAUGUACUACUCUGCCUCUCACACAUCCUCGAGUGCUCCAGGAAGUGGGAGAAUGAUUGA